UGCAACAGAAAGCUCGCUUCACCUAAUCCUCCCUCCUCCUUCUCUCUCGCCGGAAUCCUUAUGAUCGAGUGAAACGGCGGAAAUAGCUGUCGUUUUUUGUGCUGAUUCGCCGCCGUUUAAGGCCUUUUUUUAUCAGUGAAGGAGGGGAGAGAUGUCGAGUCUCGAGGAUAUCAAGAACGAGACUGUUGAUCUGGAGAAAAUUCCGAUUGAGGAAGUUUUCCAGCAGCUAAAAUGUUCGAGGGAAGGAUUGACGACUCAGGAAGGGGAAGACAGGAUUCAGAUCUUUGGCCCCAACAAGCUCGAAGAGAAAAAGGAAAGCAAAAUUCUCAAGUUUUUGGGGUUUAUGUGGAAUCCUCUUUCAUGGGUCAUGGAAGCUGCUGCAAUCAUGGCUAUUGCUUUGGCCAACGGUGAUGGUAGGCCUCCGGAUUGGCAAGAUUUUGUCGGUAUCAUAUGUCUUCUGGUUAUCAACUCUACCAUCAGUUUUAUCGAAGAAAACAAUGCCGGUAAUGCCGCUGCUGCUCUCAUGGCUGGUCUUGCUCCUAAAACCAAGGUUCUUAGGGAUGGGAAAUGGAGUGAACAAGAAGCUGCUAUUCUUGUUCCAGGAGAUAUUGUUAGCAUUAAGCUUGGAGACAUUAUCCCUGCCGAUGCUCGUCUUCUUGAAGGUGAUCCUUUAAAGGUGGACCAGUCUGCUCUUACCGGAGAGUCCCUUCCUGUGACCAAGCACCCUGGUCAAGAAGUUUUCUCUGGCUCAACCUGCAAACAAGGAGAGAUCGAGGCGGUUGUUAUUGCCACAGGGGUUCACACCUUCUUUGGUAAAGCUGCUCAUCUUGUGGACAGCACAAACCAAGUUGGACAUUUCCAGAAGGUUCUUACAGCCAUUGGUAACUUCUGUAUCUGUUCCAUUGCCAUUGGUAUGGUGAUUGAGAUUAUCGUCAUGUACCCGAUCCAACGCCGAAAGUACAGAGAUGGAAUUGAUAAUCUCUUGGUCCUCUUGAUCGGUGGUAUCCCCAUUGCUAUGCCCACGGUCUUGUCCGUCACCAUGGCUAUUGGAUCUCACAGGUUGUCUCAGCAAGGUGCCAUCACCAAGCGUAUGACUGCCAUUGAAGAAAUGGCUGGGAUGGAUGUCCUGUGCAGUGACAAAACCGGGACACUUACCCUCAAUAAAUUGAGCGUGGACAAAAACUUGGUGGAGGUUUUCUGCAAGGGUGUGGAGAAAGAUCAAGUUUUGUUAUUUGCGGCUAUGGCUUCAAGAGUUGAGAACCAGGAUGCCAUUGAUGCAGCCAUGGUUGGGAUGCUUGCUGAUCCAAAGGAGGCUCGAGCUGGAAUCAGGGAAGUUCACUUCCUUCCAUUCAACCCUGUGGAUAAGAGAACCGCUUUGACUUACAUCGACGGAAGUGGUAACUGGCACAGAGUCAGUAAAGGUGCUCCUGAGCAGAUCCUUGAACUUGCCAAAGCCAGCAAUGACCUUAGCAAGAAGGUGCUCUCUAUUAUCGACAAGUAUGCCGAGCGUGGUCUUAGGUCGUUGGCUGUUGCUCGCCAGGUGGUGCCAGAGAAAACAAAAGAAAGCCCAGGUGGACCAUGGGAAUUUGUUGGCUUGUUGCCACUAUUUGAUCCCCCAAGACAUGACAGUGCUGAAACCAUUCGAAGGGCUUUGAACCUUGGUGUUAAUGUCAAGAUGAUCACUGGUGACCAACUUGCUAUUGGUAAGGAAACUGGUCGCAGACUUGGAAUGGGAACAAACAUGUACCCGUCCUCGGCUCUUCUUGGUACUCACAAGGACGCAAACCUUGCAUCCAUUCCCGUUGAGGAGUUGAUCGAGAAGGCUGAUGGGUUUGCCGGAGUCUUCCCAGAGCACAAAUACGAGAUCGUGAAGAAGUUGCAGGAGAGGAAGCAUAUUGUUGGAAUGACUGGUGAUGGUGUCAAUGAUGCUCCUGCUUUGAAGAAAGCUGAUAUCGGUAUUGCUGUGGCUGAUGCUACGGAUGCUGCUCGGGGUGCUUCAGAUAUCGUUCUCACUGAGCCUGGACUCAGCGUCAUUAUCAGUGCAGUUCUCACCAGCAGAGCUAUUUUCCAAAGAAUGAAGAACUAUACUAUCUAUGCAGUCUCAAUCACAAUCCGUAUUGUAUUUGGUUUCAUGCUUAUUGCUCUGAUAUGGGAGUUUGACUUCUCAGCAUUCAUGGUUCUGAUCAUUGCCAUUCUUAACGAUGGUACCAUCAUGACAAUCUCAAAGGACAGAGUCAAGCCAUCUCCCACACCUGAUAGCUGGAAACUCAGAGAAAUUUUCGCUACUGGAGUUGUGCUUGGAGGCUACCAAGCCAUCAUGACGGUCAUUUUCUUCUGGGCGGCACACAAGACAGACUUUUUCUCGGUAUAUAUAAUUGAGCUGAUUAAUUCUCUUUUCAUCAGUUCAUUCUUGGCUAAUAAUGUUCAGAGUGGUAAGCUAACUUUCACUUUUGAUCCACAGGACACGUUUGGUGUGAGGUCCAUUAGGGACAAUAACCACGAGCUAAUGGGUGCGGUGUAUCUACAAGUUAGUAUCAUUAGUCAAGCUCUGAUCUUCGUCACAAGAUCAAGGAGUUGGUCGUUUGUUGAACGUCCUGGAGCGUUACUGAUGAUUGCUUUCCUCAUUGCACAACUGAUUGCCACUUUGAUUGCAGUUUAUGCCAACUGGGGAUUUGCAAAGGUUAGGGGUAUCGGAUGGGGAUGGGCUGGAGUGAUCUGGCUAUACAGUAUUGUAACAUACUUCCCACAGGACAUUUUCAAGUUUGCCAUUCGAUACAUCUUGAGUGGAAAGGCUUGGCUCAACUUGUUUGAGAACAAGACGGCUUUCACGAUGAAGAAGGAUUACGGAAAAGAAGAGAGAGAGGCUCAAUGGGCACUUGCUCAAAGGACACUUCACGGUUUGCAGCCAAAAGAAGCUGUUAACAUCUUCCCUGAGAAAGGAAGUUACAGAGAAUUGUCUGAGAUCGCAGAGCAAGCCAAGAGAAGAGCGGAGAUCGCUAGGCUUAGGGAGCUCCACACACUCAAGGGACAUGUGGAAUCAGUAGUGAAGCUAAAGGGUCUAGACAUUGAAACUCCAGGACACUACACUGUCUAGUCGCAGAAAAAAGGAAAAAACCAAACAUAUGAUUGAUCUUCUUCUCUUGUUUUUGUUUUCUUCUUCUUCUUUUUUCUUCACCACCUCUUUUAAGGUUAUUGUUUACAUAGGGAGAGAUCUUUGUUUAUUGCCAUAACUCUUCCCAAAUCUUAUUGUUAGUGUUCUUGUUUCUUUACAUGAUUCUCAAAUUUGUACUAUUGCAAAAUUUGCUCCUUUGAAGAAACAAGGCAUGCCUUGUGUUUGGCACUUAGACACGCUCUCUUCUUUGCUCUUAUUCCAUGAGCCUAUGUAAUCGUAAGCUUCUUCUUUUUCUUAA